AUGUCGUCUUUCAAGCGCCGCGUCAAUCCAUCAUCAUCAAACUCAAACGCCCCACUUCCAGCCGGCGUCAAGCCCUCCUCAUUCUCCUCACCCGUCCCACUCGUCUCAACGGGCGUCCCAGCGCUCGACGACCUUCUCUCCGGCGGCGGUCUCUCAUCAGGCUCAAGUUUACUCAUCCUUCCAGCAUCCGGUACAGCAGCACAAUCGGCAGCGCAAAUCGGCUCCUCUAGCUCGACCCCCUCUGCAACAGCUGAAACGGAUCAUGCAGCACGAACUGCAGCAGAGCCCUACGUUGAACUGCUACUAGGCUACUCUGUUGCUCAAGGUAUCGCUUCGGGACAUUAUGGGGUGAUCUUGGGAGAAGAUGUCGGUGGGUUGGUCGGAGGGUUGAUGGCUAGAGCGGGAGGUUCGGACGAUCAGCUACUGGCACAGCUUGGCGCGGCGAAGCAGCAGCAAGGUGAGGCUGCGGAGGGGCCGUCAGAGCACCUCAACACGGUGAAUGACGAGGAUGAACAGGAAGCGAAGGGGGCGGAAGCAGCGGCACGGGAAAACAAAGCACAGAGGGAAAGAGAGAUGAAGAUCGCUUGGAGAUAUCAAAACAUGAAGCAGUUUAAUACUACCGUGAAUGAGGCGAGUAGCGGGAAUGAGCCAGCACCGUUUUGUCAGACUUUCGAUCUGAGUAAGCGUAUGGAUGGUCGCAUUCUACAGCAUGCGGUGGAUAGUGGGAAGUUGGAGACAGUAGACACCUCGGAGGCUGGGGAAGAGAAUGCGUACGAAGUUGCAUACAGCCGCAUCACAGCCGCAGCGGAAAGGUGCAGGAAGAUGCAACAACCAGGAGCAGCGCCACCAGUACUUCGCAUUGCAAUCCGCGCACUAGGCUCAUCAGUAUGGACCGUAUCUCCAGGCCAAACAGCACACUCUGAAGUCAUUCGCUUUCUCAACCGACUAAAGCGCCUACUUCGAUCGCUCUCCCUCGUCGACUCAACCUCAAGAACUGCGGCGAUACCUGCAAUUGCAACCAUCUCCAUUUCUUCCUUCCUCCUCACUCCUCUUACUGCCGCCCAUCCGUCAGUGAACCUGGCACACCGAAUGGUCCACUCAGUAGACGCAGCAGUAUCUCUCAGUGCAUUUGCUUCUUCUCCCGCUCUCCGAAGUGCAUUUUCGGCGUAUACUGGUGCUUUCAAAGUCCUCAAGACUCCCGCCGUGGGUACGCUCACCAACCCUUCCAUCCGGUCAUCGGUGCUGAGGGGUAUGGGGACAGGCGCAGGAGUCGGCGGAGCGAAGAGUGGCGGAACCGGUGGUGGAGGGGAAGGAGGUGCAGGUGGAGGAGAAAACAACUUGGCUUUCAAAGUGAGAAGGAAGAGGCUAGUGAUAGAGACACUGCAUCUGGAUGUGGAAGGAGGAGUCAGUGAACGACGGACGAAGCCGCCGAAGAAUAUGGAUGCCUCGCUUGCACCUAAAUCUGGUGCUUCGACUACAUCAGCAUCAUCUGCGACCGGGGAGGAGAGUAAGAGUGAGAAGGUGAAACCAGCGGGACCGUCUUGUGUGAAGAGACAGCCGGCAGCUGCAGCUCAAGAAGUACCAGCAGGUUCAGGGGCAAGACCAAAGUUCGGCGGCUUAGCAUCAUUGCGUCAACGUGGAUUGGCAGCAAAAGCGGCGGCGGAAGGGAGCGGAAGUGCAGUCUCGCAGAAAGAGUACGCUGUUGAGGUGGACACGGAUACUCAUAACCACGCACAUUCGCACUCACAUGGCCAACUGCAGCGGCGACAGCCAACCAACAGGGUCGCAAAUACACGUGCCGAGGACUUGGAGUUCUAG